AAGCCGAGUCCCCGGUUUAUCAAAAUAUUUUGGACAGAAAUGCCACUCUGACGAAAUCCAAUUUUAUCUUCCCCAUCCACCAAAACGGGAAAAUCAAGCGUUUCACGAGGGCGCGACUCGCUUCAGCCACCGAGUCACCUCGCUUCACCUCUUCUUUUUUCGUACCUCUCCAUCGCCAACUCACUUUCAGGUCAGGUGAUCUCUUCCUUUUGUUCUCCAUUUCUUAUCUAAUUAAACUACGAACUCCGAUCCUACAAUUUGUGAUCCCAUACGGAUCGGAUCUCUCUUCCUUCAUGUACAACAACAAGCGUCUCGUUGUCUCGUUAGGGUUUCUCUUCAAUUCAUUCCUUUACUUUUCCUAUGCGGAUCCCGGUCAGUCCUGUUCAAACACGAGCUCCUAUGUCGGUUUCCAAUCCGAUUUCACCAUGGUUCAACACCAGCUUCGUGGAGUCCUCACCAUAAUCGACGAUUGCUCCUUUAGGGUUUCCGAAUUUGACAUGCUUUCUGGGGCCGACGUGCGCUGGUGGGGCGCGCUCUACCCUGAUUUUGGUAAUUUCACUAAUGGGUUUGUCAUAUCCAAUCACAAGCUUCACGAUACAUACAAGAAUGCGUCUUUUGUUGUUCGUUUGUUCGAAAACGUGACGUGGGAUCGGAUCCAAGUCCUCUCUGUCUGGGACCUGCCCACGGCUUCCGAUUUCGGUCACAUUAUUUUCUCAAAUAAGUCCGCCUUAAGCCCUGGCCUGGCACCUUCGCCGUCUAAUAACGAUACUGCUCUCGAGGAAGGGAAAAAGGGGAUUCUCCCUGCGCCGACGAUGUUUGAUAAUUGCAAGAAAUUGUCUAAGAAUUAUCGGAUUAGAUGGAGCUUGAGUGUGAAAAAUGAUUUCAUUGAGAUAGGAUUAGAGGCCGCUACUGGAGUCCAGAAUUACAUGGCAUUCGGGUGGGCGAGACGGCAUUAUGGGGAUGAGCUAAUGAAGGGUGCUGACGUUGCGGUGACUGGGUUCACAGAGGAAGGAUUGCCGUUUGCUGAUGACUUUUUUAUCACCAAAUACAGUGAGUGUAUGAUAGACAAGGAUGGUACAGCCUCCGGUGUCUGCCCUGAUACCGUAUAUGAAGGGAAUGACACUGUUGGAUUGGUGAACAAUACAAUACUGAUAUAUGGGCAUAGAAUGGACGGGGUGUCCUUUGUAAGGUACAGAAGGCCGUUGGUUUCAGUUGACAAAAAAUAUGAUUUGCCUGUGGAUCGUGCUGCUAAUAUGUCAGUGAUUUGGGCAUUGGGUUUGAUGAGGCCACCUGACGCUCUUAGGCCUUUCUAUCUGCCCCAGUAUCAUGGAGGCCUGAGAUACGUUUCAUAUGGCCAUUUGGUGCUUAAUGUAUCUGAGCAGGUGAAUGAUUGUUUGGGGCCUUUGGAUGCUGAAGACAAGGAGGAUCAGGAUUUGAUUAUUGCAGAUGCAAAUGUGCCUCUUAUUGUUUCUGCUGGUCCUGCAAUCCAUUACCCUAAUCCACCUAAUCCUUCAAAGGUUUUGUACAUUAAUAAGAAGGAGGCUCCAGUUUUGAGAGUUGAAAGAGGGGUGCCUGUGAAAUUUUCAGUGCAAGCUGGACAUGAUGUUGCAUUGUACAUUACUUCGGAUUUAAUGGGUGGGAAUGCAACAUUGAGGAAUGAGACAGAGACUAUUUAUGCUGGCGGGCCUGAAGCUGAGGGUGUUUUGGCUAGUCCUAAGGAAUUGGUUUGGGAACCAGAUAGAAAUACUCCAGAUCAAGUGUACUAUCAAUCCUUGUAUCAGGAGAAGAUGGGCUGGAAAAUUCAGGUUGUUGAUGGUGGUAUAUCUGAUAUGUAUAAUAAUAGUGUCGUUUUGGACGAUCAGCAAGUGACUUUCUUUUGGACAUUGGGAAAGGAUUCUAUAUCUAUUGCUGCUCGAGCAGAGAAAAAGAGUGGUUAUAUUGCAAUAGGAUUUGGUAGUGGAAUGAAGCAUAGCUUUGCUUAUGUCGGCUGGGUGGAUGAGAUCAGCAAAGGGCAUGUAAACUCAUACUGGAUUGAUGGAAAGGAUGCCUCUAGCGUUCAUCCAACAAAUGAGAAUUUGACUAAUGUAAGGUUCAAAUCAGAAAAUGGCAUCAUUACCUUUGAGUUUACACGGCCCUUGAGACCAAAAUGUAUUCACGAAGGUUGGCCAGAGUGUAAUAAUAUCAUUGAUCCCACAAGUCCUCUUCAGGUCAUAUGGGCAAUCGGUAGUCAAUGGUCAGAUAAUUAUCUAAGUGAAAAGAAUAUGCAUUCUGAUACUAGUAAUAGGCCUGUCCGAGUGUUGCUUAUGCGCGGUUCUGCAGAGGCUGAGCAAGAUUUACGUCCUGUAUUAGCUGUACAUGGAUUCAUGAUGCUCCUUGCUUGGGGUAUUUUGCUCCCUUGUGGAAUUUUGGCAGCUAGAUAUUUGAAGCAUGUGAAGGGGGAUGGCUGGUACCUGAUUCAUGUUUAUUUACAGUACUCUGGUUUAGCAAUAGUCCUACUGGGCCUAAUAUUCGCAGUGGCUGAGCUUCGGGGCUUUUAUGUCAGCUCAUUACAUGUUAAAUUCGGGCUUACUGCUAUAUUUUUGGCUUGUGCGCAACCGGUAAAUGCUUCCAUGAGGCCUAAAAGACCUGCUAACGGGGAGGAGGUAUCCUCAAAGAGGCUGAUUUGGGAGUAUCUUCACAUAAUUGUUGGCAGAGGUGCUCUCAUUGUGGGAAUUGCAGCACUUUUCAGCGGAUUGAAGCAGUUAAGAGAGAGAUAUGGAAGUGAAGAUUUUAGCGGGUAUAGUGGAGCAUUACUAGUUUGGUUCUUGAUUGGUCUACUGGUUGUCAUGUAUCUGGAACAUCGAGAAAGGCAUCGGAGAAGGGACAGAGCAUUUGGGAGAAGCAAUUGGGUGUUGGGUAACAUUGCAGAAGAGGAUUCUGUUGAUCUUUUAACACCAACUAGAGCCGCUCAAAAAGCUUUGCAACAAUCUGGAAGAAUGGAAGUUCAAUUAGAACCUUUAAACAGAUCAUAGAUGUUUUCGAUAAUUAACUAUGGGAUAGGCAAUUAUGAAAGCUUUCCUACUCAUACGGCAAUUAUGACAGGCUUGUUUAUUUGCUUGAAAGUAUAUUUUCAGGCAAAGGGGUCUAUUCACUCAUCACCAUAACCACCUUCAGCCACUCGUUUUGAAGAGUAAUUACCAUAAACAUUGUAUUUUGUAUACUUGAUACUUAUUUAACACACUGGACGAUUUUAUCAGUUUUUCUGUAUCUCGUCUUCAGCUAAAUCAGAUUUUUGUCCGCCACUUGUGUAGCUCGGGUGAACAUUUAGCUGGUUUGCAGAAGUUUAUUUCUUUAGCAGUGCUGUUGUUGCUAUGGAUUACCAGAUGCUGAUCAAACAUACAUGGCUUUUGAUCUA